UUUUGGGAUUUUAUGUGCGUCUCUAUACUGCGAAAUUGGGCGGCGACCGACCAUGGCGGCGAGGUUUUUACAGAAACGACUACUCUCACUCCUCGUCCGUAACCAGACUCAGCCUCAGACCGCUUUCCUUAAAGAACCUUUUUGGCAAUUUCUUCCUUCUGCAAAUGCAACCUUCAGCAGAUCCGAAUUUUGUAAAAGAGCGAUUCAGACGCAAACAAAUCCUACCAGCCAUGCUAAUGAGGAUUUGGAAAAUCAUGAAGCUGGCACUUUGAAGCCUGAUUGCAACUCAGCUAAUGUUCCCUCCAAUACAAACAGUAAUGACAGCUCACCUGUAAAGUAUACUGCUAAUUCCAAACUGAAAGCAUCAAUAAGGCAUGACCUUGCCAUGAUCUUUACUUGCAAGGUCUGUGAAACAAGAUCUGUCAAGACAGUUUGUCGGGAAUCAUAUGAGAAAGGGGUGGUGGUGGCACGGUGUGGCGGGUGUAAUAAUCUACACUUGAUUGCAGAUCAUCUCGGAAUGUUUGGACAACCAGGAAGCGUUGAAGAAUACCUGGCUGCUCGUGGCGAGGAAGUGAAGAAAGGUUCUGUUGAUACCCUGAAUCUGACGCUUGAAGAUUUAGCUGGAAGCAAAUGUUGAAAUAUUUAUAUAGCAUCAUUUCAGAUAAGGUUUCUGAGUUAUGUAUUUCACUUAAAAAAAAAAAAAAAACAUGGGCAUGUGUGUUUUUUCGUCUAGUUUAACGAUCUUGGGUUUUUUGGCCAAGUAUUGGUAGUUGGUGGGAGUUGAUUGUAAGAUGUGGUAGUUGGUGAGGAGGACAUGUAAAUGAGUGGUAGUGGAGGAGGGUUAAAGGUAAUUAACCCUUUGUUUUGUUUAAGGGAUUUUCUUUUCUUUAAUCUAGUGACCUGUUCAUGUGUUCCAAAACAAAUAAAAAUGUUCUAUGCGCAGCAUUUUCCACC